AUGUCGCGUAACUGCCGACGCAAGUACAAGAGCGGCGACCUGGUGUUUGCCAAGCUGAAGGGCUACGCCCACUGGCCGGCCAGGAUCGAGCACAUGGCCGAGCCUAACCGCUACCAGGUGUUCUUCUUCGGGACCCACGAGACGGCCUUCCUGGGCCCCAAGCACCUGUUCCCGUACGAGGAGUCCAAGGAGAAGUUCGGCAAGCCCAACAAGAGGAGGGGCUUCAGCGAGGGGCUGUGGGAGAUCGAGAACAACCCCACCGUCCAGGCUGCCGACUACCAGCUGGCCGGGGAGAAGAGCGGCGCCGACGAGCCCGGGCCGCAGCCGGAGGCCAGCGCCGGCGACAAGGCGGGCCGCAGUGAGCAGCCGGGGAAGCCGGGCGGCGACGUGCCGGCCGAGCAGCAGGCGGAGCCGGCGCCGCCCAAGCGGAGCGCGGGCGAGCUGCCGGAGGGCUCCCCCAAACGUCCCAGGGAGGCCGAGCCCGAAGGGGAGCAGCAGCUGCCGCAGGAGGAGGAGCAGGAGGACGCCGGCGAAGGGGCCGCGCCGCCCGUCGUGGAGCUGGAAACCCGCGGCGCCGCGGCCCAGCCACUCGCGGAGGCCCCCGAGUGGUGGGGAGAGGCCGCGGCCGCGGAGGCGCAGGCCCCGGGCGGCGGAGAGCGCGAGAGCCUGUAG